AUGAACGUACCUGACUGUGCAUCUAUUACACCUUUGGAUCUCGACACAAGCUUUCGGCACUGCACACUGCCACCCCGUGAUGAAUCUCCCGAUCAUGCGUUGCCUACUGAUCCCACGCCCUCGUCCGUGGUAGAUGUCUCACAGCUGACGCCCCAGACGAUAGCGCGUAUAUUUGCAUUCCUCGAUCCCAUCUCUAUCGUUCGAUGUGGCUCAACGUGCCGUGCAUGGCGCGCGAUCGCGUCUCUGGACACGACAUGGCGCGCGGCGUUUAUGGUUGCGUCGGGCCUCGAAGAAAGAGAACACACAUUGCAUGAGCACAUCAACGAUCCUGCAUGGUCCGCGCUCCGUGUCGCUCCGGCAUUGCGUCGUAUGGAGCCGAGCUGGCGCGGCGAGUACGUCGCCCGCUCCGCCCUGUUGCGGCGGUGGCGCAAGUCGCGCACGCCGACGGUGCUUACGGAUCCGCGCAUCGGGACGCUUAGCGUGCUAGCCCUCUCAGCAUCGCGCCGCUUCGUGCUUUCUCUCUCGAAUGACUUUAGUGUCGCAUCUCGAUCGAAUACCCACACGGGCAAAGUCGCCAAGGACUUUUUGGACGCACACGGCUUUUCAGCGCGCACACCAAAUGGCCACCCCAACAUCGAUCUAAGUCCGACGACCACGGCUCAAGCAACUGACGCAUACGCCUCACAGAUUGUAUGGGGCCUCGCCUCCGGCGACAUUUCUCUCACGACUCUCGACUGGCGCGGCCAAAGUGCGCGUGGCACGAUCCAUAAUCGAGCCUUUCCCGCGGGAUACGCCCAUUCGGCACCCGUGACCGCCAUUGGCAUGACGUGUGCACCCGGCCAUGGCGGUGUCUACUCAGACGAACGGCAUCGGCAGCAACUCUCGAUGCUGGGCGAGCUGUAUGUGACGUUUGCGACGGCCGCCGCCGAUGGCUCCGUGAAUGUAUGGCACCCGAAGCACAUGGAGCCACUCUGGUCGGGCACGGCCGCACACCACGUCACGCACCUUGCCUAUGCGCCAGCCCAUGGCAUUUUGGCCGCCGCGCGUUUGGAUGGCACGAUCAUUGUGUGGCAGAAUGUAUGUGUGCGCGAUAUGCUCGCCGAGCGACACAACUACCCGGGCCCACAGCGCAUCGUCAUUCUUUCCGGUCGCACACCCGUCUCAGACAUGGUGCUCGAUGCAUCGGGCCUGUCGCUGCUCGUGCACCACAAAGAUGCGCGCGUGUUCUUGCGUCAUACCAUCGGCAGUCAAGUAUGCACGGCCGUGUUUGGUGCACCAACGCUCUCGGCCAUCACAUGCCUGCGGUGCGACUUUGACAUACGUGCCAAGCCACCGCCGCUUCCUACGGCGCUUGUCGCGCGCAUGCAAGCAUCUCGUCUGCAGGAGCACAAGUUUGUUUGCGCUGGCACGGCGUCUGGAUGUAUCGGCGUGUGGGAAUGGGAUGACGAUGGAGAAGUGUACGAUGAGCAGGCGCAAGUAGCGUGGCAGGGCGCAGAGCCCGCGGUAGCAGAGCGCCAAGUACGCCCAGCGCUCGUUAUCGAGGCGCAUCACACAGCCAUCACGGCCCUGGCGUUUUCGCCACUCCUACUCUUUGCCGGUUGUGAGGACGGCACGAUCAAAGCUCUCGAUGCUCUCACAGGCUCGCUCGUGCGUGUUUUCAACGAGCGCGCAGCUCGGCGGCAUCCAGCGCGGAUGCUGGCGGCCGGCGAACUUACGCAGGAAGAGGCCGCGCGUUUCCGUGUGACGCACAUGAUGGCCGCCGACGACAUGUUUGUGGCCGCGAUCGGCAUGCACAUCCUGUCGUGGCACACAGACUCUGAGCCAGUAUCCCAGGCGCCGCGCACGGCGCCGCGGCGGAGCAAGGCUUCGGUGCCGGAACGCACGCGACUUAAGGCCGAUUUCGUCCAGGACGUGGAAGAGGGUCAGCACCAGGUGCGAAUGGAGCGCGACAAACGCGCCUCGUCUCAGGCACAGCGCGCCGCACUCGAGUCAAGCGUGCAUGGCGCUCUCGAUGAAGAUGUCGCACUGGACUAUGCGCUGAUGCUCAGUCAGCAGGAGGCAUCAGGCGUCGAUGACGAUUGGUCUCCUGAACUCAUGUACGAUUUGGAAACGCACGAAGGCGAUAGCGAUGCAACGCCUCUAUCGCCGCCCCUCGUGCCCGUACGUGACAUGGCGCCGACGUCGCGUGCAUGGGACAUUCUGUGUACGGCUGGGCGCUCUGCAUCGACGACGACCAGCGGCGACUCGCAUCCCAGCUCGUGGAGUAAGUUGCAGACAGUCGCUGUGCCACGCCAUGCACGAUUCGGCAGCCCCGAAGGAUCUCUGAGCUCCAUGUCGUCGAGCCUCACGGGCAGUCUGUGCGACUGGCCCGAUAUGCGCGCCGAGAAUACGCGACCAUCGCGCUCGCCGCACUCUCUAGGCGCAUGGGCCAAGCCAUCGCCGACACUACGUGCCGUUGACUCGGUGCAAGCACAGAGCGCGCGCCGUGCUGGUAAAAGUGCGCUCGUCGCUGAGCGCACCGACAGCCGCCGUGUGCCGCCGCUGGACGACGACAUGGACGACGACACACGACUCGCCUUAGAGCUCUCGCUGGCCGAGUACAGGUCGCUGCAUGAAUAG